AUGAUAGGAAUUAGAGUUUUAAGAAGAUUUGCCAGUAUUCCUGGAGGCGCAGGCACUUCUAUCUUAAAGCGUGAACUUUUAGCUGAUGUAUGACAACUGAAUACCCCUUUAACUUGGAUCAAAAAUUCUGUUUAAUUUAAAGGAGGUCUUUUUAAAAAAUUUUUUAAAAAAUAAAAAAUAUAAGUGAAUAUAUUUUUUUGAGUUAUAAUUGGAGAAUUCAUUAUACAAUGAAUUGCUUCAGCGUCCCAGCUGUUUAAAUAGUAUCUAAUUGUAGUCCCCUUACUCCCCCCCCCCCCCCUCCGUGAGCGAACAAAACCAUUAGAAAAAAUCGCCAUUUUUUGACCAAAAACCCACCCUCCGUGAGUGAACAAAAAUUUUUUUAAUAGAAAAAAUUUUAAUGGAAAAAAAUUUUGAUAUAUAAGUGAUAAUUAGUAUAAUGAAAUCUAGAGCUAAUUCUGUUUAAUUUUAAACAAAUUGCGUUUUAAAACAUAAAUUUUGCAAAUUAAAUUAAUAUUUGCUUCCCAAUUUUUGCAAAUUAGGAUUUUUUUAAAUUUCGAAAAAAUAUAUUUUUUAUAAAAUUUAUAUAUAAAUUUUUUUUAAAAAAAAAAAUUAACCCCCCUCCGUGAGCGAACAAAAUUUUUUUGUUCGCUCACGGAGGGGGGGGGGGGAGUUAGUAAAUUUGUUCAAAUCUAUUUAUUAAAAAAUUAAUUCACUAUAAAAUUUCCCAUUUAAUGAAAAAUUAAAAUUUUGUACAAUUUAAAUGGGGGAGUGAGUAUCAAAUAUACUGCAUAUUGCCUUUCUGGCUCCCAUGCAAUGCGUGCAGAAUUUCAAAGGACAAUUUCAGAUUUUAUAACUCACCUAGUGCUUUAUAAAGUAAACGAGCUGUCGAAGAGAGUGCCUGAUGAUUUCUUUAACUAUGGUAAGAAAUAUUAAGGAUAUGCGAAAUUCAAAAAUGUUGGUGCUAUGAUCCCUGGAAUAUUAUUUGGGAUUUCAGGCGUUUAUAACCUUGCAAUGCCCGUUUGUUCUUUAAUUGUGAGAAGCCCAGAUAUUCCAGAGCUGACACUGAAUUUUUGGUCACUUUUGGUAAAGAACAUUUAGUCCAUUACUGCAUCCUCAGUUGCAGAAUUCUACGUAACAUACAAAAACCUUGGAGAUAUUUCAAGCGAACCGGCAGCAAAUAAUGUUAUUAAAAGGAUAAUUGAAAGAACAGCGCUACUCUAUAAAAUAUGAAAGCAGCAUUACCUUGUGGACCCAAUUCAGCAUGCAAUUAUUAAUGAAAAUAUUAUUUCAAUUGCAGGCGUCAUCAUUCCUAUCACCACAAGCUUUAUAUGCUACUAUACAGGCUGGAUUUGGCUAGAUAUCAUGGGAAGGAUGCUGAAUGGAUUGCUACAACUGCAUAUUUCAAAUUCUAUGUUCAGUGAAAAUAUGACAGUAAUUUUAGGCAAAAGCUUAUCAAAAACCCAAUUGGAAAUUGUUAAAAAAAUCUUAGAAGAUCGGGACACCAUUCAAAAAGUUGAAGGAUUAAAAACUGAGCAGUUGACCUCAAAAUCUAUGAAGCUAUAUAUGGAUGUAAUCUAUAAUGCAAAAGAAAUCACCGAAAAUAUUAUUGAGGUACUGGAAGAUGAUAUUAGUCAAAUUUCUACUGAUUCUGAAGUACAAAAAAAGAUCAGGAAAUUGAUUGGAAAAUCAAACGAUCUUGUGAUUACACAUCAAACAGAAAUUAUUAAAGACAUGGAAGAGGAUGUGAAAAAGAAAUAUCCAUUGAUCUCGCAAAUCGAUAUAGAGCUCUCUAGCAAAAAUAUUAACCCUGCUUAUGAGGGAGUAGUUACUGAGUCUGAUGACGACGAAGAUGGACAAAAAAAGGAUAAGGUUUAA